AUGGGUUUGUUCAGCAAAUGUCCAUUGUUGCUUGCUUUGUUCAUUGUCCUAUGGAAUGGGCUGGUCUUCUCUGCUUCCCUUGAUGCAACCACAGAUAAUAUAUUCAACCCCAUGACUAAAGUUAUCAUUUACAACAACCUUGAAAGUGGGGUAAAUGUAUACCUUCAUUGUAAAUCGAAGGACGAUGAUCUUGGUAUUCAAGCGUUGUCUAUUGGAAGUUCCUUUAAAUGGAAGUUCCAUGAUAAUUUUUUGAGAACUACACUUUUCUUUUGUGGUUUUACGUGGGAAAAUGUGAAUGGAACUUUUGAUAUAUAUGUUGCAAAGAGAGAUUCAUGCGUGACGUGUGUUUGGAGAGUGAGAAGAGAUGGAGUGCAUGGAUAUGACGACGAUGGUUCUGAGAAACAUUUUUUUGCAUGGAGAUUACCAAAGAAAGAUGGUGAGAAAAAGAAUUGA